AUGUAUGGUUUUCUGUAUCCAGAGAUUCUGCUCGAAGAUUGGUGUGAAGAAAUUGGUAUGUUACUGGUCAAAGCUGAGGGUACGGAAAUUGAUAUGUUACUGGUCAAAGCUGAGGGUACCGUAUGUGUGAAGAAAUUGGUAUGUUACUGGUCAAAGCUGAGGGUACGAGAUUCUCCUCGAUCGAUCGGUGCGAUAUAUUAUUUUCUUUAUCCGGAGAUUCUGCUCGAUCGAUUGGUGCGAAAUUGGUAUGUUACUGGUCAAAGCUGA